CUGAGCAAACGGAAACUGAGGGUGCCAUUCUGAGUCUCUCUCUCUCGCUCGCGCGCUCUCUCUCUCUCUCUCUCUCUCUCUCUCUCUCAGUGUGUGAGUGUAGAAAAAUGGCAAAGGCCAGUAUUUCAAUAUCUCAGCAUCAGUUCAGUUGUCCAUUAUGUCUUAAUCUUCUGGAGGACCCAGUAACUAUUCCAUGUGGCCGCAGUUUCUGUAAGGUGUGUAUUAAUGGCUUCUGGGAUCAGGAGGAUGCGAAGGGCGUCUACAGCUGUCCCCAGUGUAGAGAGACUUUCUCUUCAAGGUCUGUUCUACUCAGGAACACCAAUCUGACUAAAGUGGUGAAGGAUCUGAAGAAGAUUGAACUCCAAGCUGCUUCUCCCGCUCACUGUUACGCUGGACCUGGAGAUGUGGAGUGUGACUCCUGCACCGGGAGAAAACGCAAAGCAGUCAAGUCCUGUCUGGUGUGUCGGGCCUCCUACUGUUUAGCUCAUCUUAAACCUCACUAUCAGUCUCCUGCUUUUAAGAAGCACAAGUUAGUUGAAGCCUGUGCAGAGCUCCAAGAGAAGAUCUGCUCUCAGCAUGACAAACCGAUUGAGAUCUACUGUCGUACUGACCAAAGCUUCAUCUGUUAUUUGUGCAGUAUGUAUGAACACAAAGGCCACAGUAUAGUUAAUACGACUGCAGAAAGAACUGAACAACAGAAUGAGAUAAAGGAAGAGCAGAUGAAAUCCCAGCAGAGGAUCCAGGAGAAGCAGAAGAAGGUGCAGGAGCUGAAACAGACUGUGGACACUAUUAGAAGUGAACAGAGAUUACUCAUACACACACAGGAGCUGAAACAGACAGUGGACACUAUUAAGAGUUUCCCAUCUAUCUGUGUUUCUCCUGGAUCUGAGGACUCACCCAGCUUCACUGUCAAUCAACAUCUCUCAUUUGAUGGAGUUUACCCACAAGCUAUAGCAGUUCAGACGAUUUCACCCUCAGGAUCAAAGAGCAAAGAAGAUUUUGUGCAGUAUUUCUGUUAUCUGACUCUGGAUCCCAACACGGCACACCGUCGACUCAUUCUGUCUGAGAAGAACAGAGCGGUGACACACAGUGAGAAAGAACAGCAAUAUUCUACUCAUCAAGCAAGAUUUCACUCUUACACUCAGGUGUUGUGUAAGGAGAGUGUGUGUGGACGCUGUUACUGGGAGGUGGAGUGGAGCGGUAAUGUGUCCAUAUCAGUCUCGUAUAAAGAGAUCAGCAGGAAAGGACGGGCUAAUGAGUGUUUGUUUGGAUACAACAGUCAGUCCUGGAGUCUGCGGUGUUCUUCUUCCUCUGUCUGUUUCCAGCACAACAACAUUAAGACUGAUCUCCAAGGUCCAGUGUCCUCCAGAAUUGGAGUGUAUGUGGAUCACAGUGCAGGAACUCUGUCCUUCUACAGCGUCUCUGACACGAUGAGGCUCCUCCACAGAAUCCACACCACAUUCACUCAGCCUCUAUAUGCUGGGUUCCGGAUAUGGUAUAACUCAGCUGUGAGGUUAUGUGAUUCAAAGUGAAAUGUUAGUAAAAGUCUUUAGAAAAAUUAAAGCUAGGGUAUCAGAUAUAAAUUUUCUCUGUGUUACAAUGGCAAUUUUUAUGGCAAUAGAAAACUUACUCAAUAAUAAAACUUACUCAAA